AUGUCAUCGCUAAAAGUACCCAAUGUGCCCAUCAUGGAGAAGAAAAAGGAGAAUGGGUUGUGUAACAGAUACCUUGACCCCUUACUGUGUGGUUUGUUUGACGACCCUGAUAGUGAUGUAUUCUUUAGAUGGACAAAUGCAAGGCCCAAGGAAGCAAAGGAUGAAAAUAGUGAUUUAACAAGUGAAAGAGCAGAUGCAGUAAUCAGCUCGCUCAAUAGUGCCAAGUGGUCCAGCUCCCAAGGUUUCGGUGAAGCCAAAUGCUCUGAUGAACCCGAAAAUAUCUAUUUGACAAGCAUGGAUCUAGUGAGAUUGGAUAUUUUUAGCAAGAGCAGCAUUGAUAGACAUUCAAUGAGGAACGUACAGACUUUGCAAGCAAUUGGCACACCAACCACAUUUUACAUCACGAUCUAUACUCAUGACAGUUUGUACAUUAUGUACGAAAUUGCAGAAAUUUUGGCUCCUCGUUGUGUUGAUGAUGUUUUGAAGUAUCUGAUGAACCUCAACAAGUUUGUGUUGUAG